ACGAUUCGCUCUGACGUUGAUACACUGUCACGUUGUGUGUUGUGCUGGCUGUAGCUGUAUGGUACAGUCAGCCUCCUACAUGUCUUACAUGUAAGUCAUUACAGAGAAAAGCUGUGGGCAACAUGCCUGGUAUUCGUGUUGGGGGUUUCGUGGUUUCACACAAAGAAAAGUAGGAAGAAGGAGAGAGACAAGGGGAGAGAGAAAUAGAUAGUUGUCAGGAAAUAUCUGGCUAAUUUUCUAAGGGGGCAUCAUUGAUUUUGGCAUUGUAUCCUGGUCUGCCUUGAGCGCUUCGAAAGGAUGGAGACGAUGGAGUCCAUGGAACCGAUAUCUGCGCACUACACCACCGCAUACCCGGAGAUCCACCCCGAUAGCGCCUAUGGAUCUACGGAAGGGGAGGAGAACCAUUCACCGUCUGCCCCCCCAGCUCUUUCAUACGACGAAGAAUUAAUGCACAAGACUAUCCUGGUGGGGGAUAGUGGAGUGGGUAAGACGUCUCUUCUGGUCCAGUUUGACCAGGGCAAGUUCAUCCCUGGAUCCUUCUCUGCUACUGUUGGCAUCUGCUUCACGAACAAGGUGGUGACUGUAGACAACGUGAAGGUAAAACUACAGAUGUGGGACACUGCAGGCCAGGAGCGGUUCAGGAGUGUGACACAUGCCUAUUACAGGGACGCCCAUGGUAAAACAGUCUUGACACAUGCCUAUUACAGGGACGCCCAUAGUAAAACAGUCUUGACACAUGCCUAUUACAGGGACGCCCAUGCCCUACUCCUUUUAUACGACAUCACCAGCAAAUCCUCAUUUGACAACAUACGGGCGUGGCUUACAGAGAUUCAUGAGUAUGCACAGAGGGAUGUAGUCAUCAUGUUGCUGGGCAACAAGGCAGACAUGGCCAGUGAAAGAGUGAUCAGGAGAGACGAAGGAGAGAAGCUGGCCAGGGAGUAUUCUGUUCCUUUCAUGGAGACAAGUGCCAAGACUGGGGUGAACGUUGAUCUGGCUUUCAUUGCAGUGGCAAAGGAGCUGAAGCACAGGGCAGUACAUGGCCAGCAGCCCAACGAGCCCAAGUUCCAGAUUCAUGAGUACAUUGAGUCUCAGAAGGAAAAGUCUGGUUGCUGUAGCUACUUCUGAUGCAGAUACCUUUUUCUCUCACCUCUGACUCUAUACUCCCCCGAUCAGCAUCAGCUCUGCCAGGUACAAUCAAGGGGAGUGAAGAGGUGCCAUCUAAGUAGUACACAGCAAGGAACUUACAGGGAGGGAAGUACAUCAACUAAUCAGCUUCGGAUGAGUGUGGGAGAAUUGGCUUUGAGGUUUUUGUAUUUAUCUUUUACACAAAUACAGAAAUGCCAUAGAACUAUUUUCCCCCUUUUACAAGGAAGAGCUGUCUCAAGAUUAACACAUUUCCCCUAGGACCCAUGAUACUGUGUUAUCAUUAAAAUGCAGUGCCAUGCAUGUGUCACAAGGUGGAAAGUGUUGGGUUCUAAGUCUGGGUUGAGCAGGCAGAGUGAAGCAGAGGCAGACAACAAAAUAAUGUUUUCAAACAUUUAUUUUCUAUGGCAUGGUUUUCUCCACAUAAAUUGCGAUCAAAGUUUAAGCAUGUUCUCCGUUAAAAUUCUUACUUCAAUUCCAUAAUUAUUUUCCAUACUUCUUAGCAUGCUCUUUUACUUUUAACUUUAAAACCCAUGCUAGUUACAACCACAGAUAUACAAACCAAACAAAACAAAAAGGGUCCCAGGAAGUGAUAGAGCCCAGGAGGCAGGUGUCUAUUUUUUCAAGAGCUCAAUUUCAGCUUGACCAAACUCAAUUAGCAAUAUGCUCUCACCAAUCAAAGCCAUAAUACGUUCCGGCACAACCUGGGACCCACCAUGCUUCCAGACAACAUUCACUUCCUGUGAGCAGCUGCCUGGAACACAAAAACAAAUGGGUUUAAAUACAGCAUUCAAAAGCAUAUGAUGUGUUAAUCAACCAACACAAAUGCUUCCAUGCAAAUAACUCACACCUGCUUUCAGAUAUAUAAUAAUACAAUUUCAUAAUAUUAUGCUGCUGAAGUUAUUUCAGGUUGUCAAUUUUAAUAUGAACUUGAGUAUUUUAUUCAGAAUAUUACAAUAUGUUAUUUACCUGGUCAGUAGUUUCUUGUGAGAAUGCCAAAUGUUGUAUUUGAUGUAUGCUGCAUGAAAAUUAUAUUUUCUAAAAUGUU